AGCUGCAGUGUCUCUGUGUGUUACACUGACUGUAGUUUCACAACAGAGAAACACAGUUCAACAUGUGUGUUCAGUAAACCAGCAGAGUCGGGCCUCUGCAGACCGCUGAUGUCAUCACAGUGGGCGUGUCUCUUUGUGUCUCUGGGUCACGUGUGAGCCUGCAGAGGAAGUGGGAGGGGCUUGUGUCAGUGUGUACACAGGUCAGCCUCUGCUCUGCAUGACAGUGUGCAGCAGCAGCACAGAACCAGGACCAGGACCAGGACCGUGCUGGACCACAGAGUCUCACUCACAGGAGAUGGAUCAGAAGAAAGCCGUCCUCUUCAACUUCUGGGGAGUUGCUGUCUCUUCCAGACCUCAUGCUGUUUUCCACAAGUUGGAGCAGUUGCAUAACCUGCCGGGAGGUUUCCUGUCUAGUGUGGCGUCCCAGCAGGACGGCGCCAUGAGCCGGGCGGAGCGCGGCGAGGUGACGCUCUCUCAGAUGAUCCCGGCGUUCGAGGCCGAGUGUGUGAAGGAGGCCCAGGUCAGGGCCGUGACUCUGCCGCCUGAUUGGUCGGUGGGACCCCUGCUGGAGGAGCUCAGAGAGGCGAUGAUGGAGGUCCGACCAGCCGUGCUGAAGACGGCUGCCAGUCUGAGACACAGCGGGCUGCUGACGGCCGUGCUGGCCAAUCACUGGCUGGAUGACCGCGCGGCUGCAGACGGUUCAGCCCACCUUCUCUCUCUGUUGGGCGGCCAUUUUGACCUGGUCCUCCAGUCCUGUCGCUCAGGUCACAGGGUCCCCGAGGCGUCCAUGUUCAGCCGGGCUCUGCAGCAGCUGGGAGUGACGUCACAGCAGGCUGUGUGGGUGGACGCAGAGGAGGACGGUGUGAAGGCAGCGGAGGCCGCGGGGGUGAAGGCCAUCCUGCUGGACGAUCUGGACGACGCGCUCAGGAAACUGGCAGACUUGACAGGAGUUCAGGCUGCUGCAGCAGAGAGUCCUCCACCCUCCUGCAGACCUGAUGCAGUGUCUCAUGGCUACGUCACCAUCAGGCCUGGUGUGACGACUCAUUAUGUUGAAAUGGGCUCAGGUCCACCGGUUCUGCUGUGUCACGGCUUCCCUGAGAGCUGGUUCUCCUGGAGGUUCCAGAUUCCAGCUCUGGCAGCAGCAGGAUUCAGGGUGUUGGCUCUGGACAUGAAGGGCUACGGAGAGUCCACAGCACCCACAGACAUCGAGGAGUAUUCUCAGCAGCAGCUGUGUCAGGAUUUAAUCACGUUCAUGGACAGAAUGUCCAUCCCCCAGGUCACCCUCAUCGGUCAUGACUGGGGCGGUGCUCUGGUUUGGAACAUGGCUCAGUUCUACCCCGAGAGAGUCAGGGCGGUGGCGUCUCUGAACACUCCUCUGUUCCCCGUCGACCGGUCUGUUUCUCCUGCAGACAAACUGAAGAAUAUGCCCAUAUUUGACUACCAGAUCUACUUCCAAAAGCCUGGUGUCGCCGAGGCCGAGCUGGAGAAAGACCUGGAGAGGACGUUCAAGAUUUUCUUUUUCAGCAGCGCUGAAGCAUCGAAGCGUCCUCCGAUCAGCACUGCAGGAGUCUGUGCUCGAGGUGGUCUGUUAGUGGGUCAGCCGGAUGAGGUUCCCCGCAGCUCCAUGCUGACGGAGGCCGACCUGCAGUACUACGUCAGUCAGUACAGAGAUCGAGGCUUCAGGAGGCCGUUGAACUGGUACCGUAACGGAGACGUGGACUGGAGGUGGAUGUGUUCUCGUCCCACUGCAAAGCUGCUGAUGCCUGCACUGAUGGUGACGGCAGGUAAAGACCAGGUGCUGCUGCCGGCCUUGUCCAAAGGAAUGGAGAAGAUGAUCCCGAACCUGAUCAGAGGACACAUCGAGGAGUGUGGACACUGGACUCAGAUGGAGAGACCAGAGGAGACAAACAAGAUCCUGAUAUCAUGGCUGAAAGACACUCACAAGAAGGAGGGAGGAGUUAGUGUGUCCCCCAAACUGUGAGGGAGGAAGGAAGGAAUGAGGAGAGGGAGUGAGGAAGGAAGGAAGUGAGGGAGGACAGGGUAUAUACAGAAAUUCUUAAGUUGAAUUUAACACCUUUUAAUACCUUCACAAUAUUUUUUAAUACCAACACGACUUGGAGCUGCAACUGUAGUGACAGCGUUUGGGGGUCACUAAUUAUAGAGUAACAGAUUACUGUCAUUUUGUUACUUAACCUCCUGAGUGAAUAAGUGUAGUAAUGCUUCUAAUUCAAAUGAAGUACCUGUACAGGUUAUUACUGGAUACUUUGUUGCCUCAGUAAAAUCACUGAGCUAUAAGGAACUGAAGAGACGACCUGAUGAAGCAGAAUUAAAAAGUUCAUCUUGUGUCAAAAA